CUUUUAUUCUCUCGACUUUCUCUCUCUACAAUCGUCUCUGCUCGCACAAUCUCCCCCUUGCUCUUCCCAAAUCCCCAACAUCUCUCUCUCUCUCUCUCUCUCUCUCUCUCUCUCACUAUGUAUGCAUAUAUUCACACACACCACACAUACAUACAACUACACAUAUAUACACACACUUGAAUUGUGUACAUAUGCAUAGUCUCUCUCUUUGUCUGUCUAUGUAUCUUCCACAAUCCAUUUGAAGAUGUUGGAAGAUCAGGUGGCAUCUCUGUUGCAGAGAUACCUCGGCAAUUAUGUCAGAGGUCUCAACAAAGAAGCUCUCAAGAUCAGUGUCUGGAAAGGUGAUGUAGAGCUAACAAAUAUGCAAUUGAAGCCAGAGGCAUUGAAUGCAUUAAAGUUGCCUGUGAAGGUUAAGGCAGGAUUCCUUGGGUCAGUGAAGUUGAAGGUCCCAUGGAGUAGGCUUGGCCAAGAUCCAGUUUUAGUCUCCCUGGAUCGUAUUUUUUUGCUAGCUGAGCCUGCAACUCAAGUUGAAGGGUGCAGUGAAGAUGCUGUCCAAGAAGUUAAGAAAAGCCGAAUACUGGAAAUGGAAAUGAAGCUUUUGGAGAGUAGACAACUAUUAAAGUCAGAAGAAAUGAACAAAUCAUGGCUGGGGUCAUUGAUCGACACAAUAAUUGGUAACUUGAAGCUUUCGAUUUCAAAUAUUCACAUCCGAUAUGAAGAUCUUGAGAGCAAUCCCGGUCACCCAUUUGCAGCUGGUGUAACCUUGGAGAGGCUGUCAGCUGUGACAGUUGAUGAUAACGGAACAGAGACUUUUGUUACAGGGGGUGCACUAGACCGCAUUCAGAAGUCCGUAGAACUUGAGGGUCUGGCUGUUUAUUUGGAUUCUGAUUGUUGUCCAUGGCAUGUUGAUAAGCCAUGGGAGGAUUUGCUACCAGAGGAAUGGCGUCAGGUUUUUAAAUUUGGCACGAAGGAUGGCAAACCAGCUGACAGUCUUAGAAGGCACACUUAUGUCCUGCAACCAGUGACUGGAAAUGCAAAGUACUCAAAGCUGCGGCCAAAUGAAUUUGCUAAUAGUGGUCAACCUCGACAAAAAGCAGCAGUAAACUUGGAUGAUGUUACUCUCUGUUUGUCAAAGAAUGGUUAUAGGGAUUUACUAAAAUUAGCUGAUAACUUUGCUGCCUUUAAUCAACGAUUGAAACAUGCUCAUUUGCGCCCGUUUGUUGCUGUGAAAUCCGAUCCGAGAUCUUGGUGGAAGUAUGCUUAUAAAGCUGUUUCAGAUGAGAUGAAGAAGGCUAGUGGGAGAUUGUCAUGGGAGCAGGUCCUUAGGUAUGCAAGUUUGCGCAAGAAAUAUAUAUCUCUGUAUGCUUCACUUCUGAAAUCGGACCCCAGUCGGGCAGUGGUUGAUGACAACAAAGAAAUUGAGGAACUGGAUCGUGAACUUGAUAUUGACCUCAUACUUCAGUGGAGGAUGCUGGCCCACAAGUUUGUGGAGCAGUCAAUGGAAUCAGACCUAUACUUGAGUAGACAGAAAUCAAAGAAGUCAUGGUGGUCUUUUGGGUGGAGUAGUCAAUCUGACAAGGAUAAAAGUGAGCCAGGGGGUUUCAAUGAGGAAGACCGGGAACAGCUGAAUAAAAUUAUUGGAUACAAGGAAGAUGAUGAUGGACAAUUUCUAACAACCCAUGACAAGGGGGAUGUGCUUCAUAUUUCACUGGAAGUUCACAUGAGACAUAAUGCUUCAAAGCUUACUGAUGAUCAGGAGUGUCUGGCUGAGUUAUCCUGUGACAAUCUUGAUUGCUUUGUAAAGCUUUAUCCGGAAGCCAAAGUCUUUGAUGUGAAAUUGGGAUCAUAUCAGUUGUCAUCACCAAAUGGUCUCCUUGCUGAGAGUGCAACUGCCUAUGAUUCGUUAGUCGGUGUCUUUUGCUAUAAGCCUUUUGAUGCUAAAUUGGACUGGAGUAUGGUUGCUAAAGCUUCUCCAUGUUAUGUGACUUAUCUGAAGGAUUCCAUUGAUCGAAUUAUCAGUUUUUUUGAAAGCAACACUGUGGUUAGUCAAGCCAUAGCUAUGGAAACUGCUGCUGCUGUGCAGAUGACAAUUGAUGGAGUUAAACGCACUGCACAACAACAAGUGAACAGAGCAUUGAAGGAUCGAGCCAGGUUUCUCCUGGACUUGGAUAUUGCAGCUCCUAAGAUUACCAUUCCUACAGAAUUCUGUCCGGACAAUAACCAUUCGACUAAACUUUUAAUUGACUUGGGAAACUUAAUUAUUCGUAGUCAGGAUGAUGGGGAAGGGAGUUCUCCUGAUGAGAUUAAUAUGUAUUUACAAUUUGAUCUCAUUUUGAGUGAUGUAUCUGCAUUUUUGGUGGAUGGUGACUAUAGUUGGAGUCAAAUCUCUCGUAAUAGAUCUGCUGGUUCUACCCAGUUUAAUGUUGUUAGUUUCUUGCCUGUUAUCGAUAAGUGUGGGGUAAUCCUGGAGCUUCAACAAAUCCGGUCAGAGAACCCCUCCUAUCCGUCAACAAGACUUGCUGUGCGGCUUCCAUCACUAGGGUUUCAUUUCUCUCCAGCUCGUUAUCAUAGAUUGAUGCAGGUUGUAAAGAUCUUCCAGCAGGAGGAUAAUGAGAAUGCAGAUUUAAUUCACCCUUGGAAUCAAGCUGAUUUUGAGGGAUGGUUGUCUGUUCUUACAUGGAAGGGUGUGGGAAAUAGGGAAGCUGUAUGGCAGCGGAGAUACUUAUCCUUAGUUGGGCCUGGCCUUUAUGUACUCGAAAGCCCUGAUUCUACAUCUUACAAGCAGUAUCUCAGCCUACGAGGAAAACAACUGUAUCAGGUUCCGGCAGAAAUGGUUGGCGAUGUGGAACAUGUAUUGGCUGUGUGUGAUCCCUUACGAUCCAACAACAAGGUCGUGGAAGAUGUAAAUGCUCUGAUACUACGUUAUGAUUCUGAUGAGUCAAGGAGAACUUGGCAGAACCGCUUACAGGGGGCAAUUUAUCGUGCAUCGGUUUCUGCUCCUAUUACUGGUCUCUCUGAGACUUCAUCUGAUGCGGAAGAUUCGGGAACAGAACUUGUUGAAAACCAUGGUGCAAUGGAUAUGUUGAACAUGGAGAAAGUCUUUAUAACUGGAGUUCUUGAUGAAUUGAAGAUAUGCUUCAACUAUAAUCGUCUGCAUAAUCAGAGCUUCAUGAAGGUGCUUUUAGCUGAGGAGAGUCGUUUAUUUGAAUUUCGAGCAAUAGGUGGUCAGGUUGAACUUUCAAUUAGAGAGAAUGACAUGUUCAUUGGCACAGUUCUCAAUUCUUUAGAGAUAGAAGAUUUAGUUUGCCGAAAAGGAGUGUCUCAGCCUUGUUACUUGGCAAGAUCAUUCAUCCGGAGCACAGAUGCAACUUCUGGUUUGUAUGAUGCUGAAAAUCGGAGUUAUGGCAGCGGUGAUUUUGAUCAGUGUGAAGGAGAUGAUAAUUUUUUUGAGGCAUCAGAAAAUCUCAAUGAUUCUGUUGACAGUCCAAUGCGAAACAUUUCUGCAUACCUAAGUUCCCAAGGUUCUCUUGAAAAGUCACUCUUAAAGCCACCCAGUUUUACUCGUGUUGCUGGUCUACUUCCUGACGAUUCUUUACAAACUGCAAGUGAUGACACUGAGCUGGCAGAUACAUUGGAUAGUUUUGUAAAGGCUCAAAUAAUAAUUUAUGACCAGAACUCACGUCUGUAUCAUAAUAUUGAUAAAUGGGUGACAGUGACCCUUGCUACCUUGUCAUUUUUUUGUCGUAGGCCAACAAUACUAGCUAUAAUGGAAUUUGUAAAUGCAAUUAACAUUCAGGAUGAAAGCUGUGAAUCUUGCAGCGAUAAUUCUUCUGCAGUCAUUGUGCAACAUGAUAUCUCCAGCGAAGAAAUGGUUGAUAAUUGCCAAUCUACUGCAGUUGAGGAGCCUAUGGUUAAAGGCUUGCUAGGAAAGGGGAAAUCCAGGAUUGUUUUUUAUUUAACAUUGAAGAUGGCUCGCGCUGAAAUUUUAUUGAUGAAUGAAAAUGGAAGCAAGCUUGCGACUCUGUCACAAGAUAAUUUGCUCACUGAUAUUAAGGUAUUUCCGUCUUCUUUUAGCAUAAAAGCAGCCCUUGGAAAUCUGAGAAUAAGUGAUGACAGUCUCCAUAGUGACCAUAUCUAUUUCUGGGUUUGUGACAUGAGAAAUCCUGGUGGCAGUUCAUUUGUAGAGUUGGUCUUUAGUUCAUUUAGUGCUGAUGAUGAAGACUAUGAAGGUUAUGAUUAUAGCCUUUCCGGGCAGCUUUCAGAAGUACGCUUUGUAUAUUUGAAUCGCUUUAUCCAGGAGAUUGUUAGUUACUUCAUGGGCCUUGUUCCCAAUGUUCCCAACAAUUCGAAGGAUGUUGUAAAAAUAAAAGAUCAAGUAACAAACUCAGAGAAGUGGUUUACAACAAGUGAAAUUGAAGGUUCACCAGCUGUGAAGCUGGAUCUUUCACUAUCGAAGCCUAUAAUAUUAAUGCCUCGGAGAACAGACAGUCUUGAUUAUCUGAAGCUAGACAUUGUUCAUAUAACUGUUCAGAAUAUCUUUAAAUGGUUUUGUGGCAGUAAAAGUGAAAUGAAUGCUGUCCACAUGGAAAUACUAAGUGUUUUGGUUGAAGACAUCAACUUAAAUGUUGGUACUGGAACAGAAUUAGGUGAGAGUAUAAUUCAAGAUGUGAAGGGGGUUACUAUUGUUAUCCAACGAUCACUUCGAGACUUAUUGCAUCAAAUCCCAAGUAUGGAAGUUGCAGUUAAGAUAGAAAAACUCAAGGCAGCUCUGUCUAACAGAGAGUACCAGAUAAUUACAGAAUGUGCACUGUCUAAUAUCUCAGAGACUCCAAAUAUUGUGCCUGCACUUAAUUAUGAUUCUGGGAAGGCGUCUGUUGAUAUGGGGGAGCCUCUUGUUCGUCAUGAUUCAGGUGCUGAUGACUCUGAAGCCCAAAAUAGGGUAACAUGGAUUGCCAUGAAAAUUUCUGUGGACAUUGAUCUGGUUGAAUUGUGCCUGCAUUACGGUACAGCGAGAGAUGCAACUCUGGCCACUGUUCAGAUUAGUGGUGCAUGGCUUCUCUACAAGUCUAAUACACUAGGAGAAGGUUUUCUUUCAGCAUCACUCAAAGAUUUUAGUGUGAUUGAUGAUCGUGAGGGGACGGAGCAAGCGCUUAGGUUGGCGGUAGGAAAGCCUGAGAGUUUUGGAUAUGGUCCUUCGCAAUAUGAGACUGAUGAUGAAGACCAUCAAGUGUCUGGGAAAUAUGUUCUGGAUAUUGACAAUGCAAAUUUUAUUCCUACUAUGCUUAUUCUUGAUGCCAAAUUUGGUCAAUAUUCAACGUCGGUUUCUGUAUGCGUCCAAAGGCCACAGUUGCUAGUUGCACUUGAUUUUCUGCUGGCUGUUGUUGAGUUUUUUGUCCCAUCGGUCCACAGUAUGCUGUCAAAUGAAGAAGAUGAGAACUUUUCACACAUAGUUGAUGCAGUCAUUCUGGAUCAGCCAAAUUAUAGUCAACCCUCUGCUGAAUUUUCACUUUCCCCUCGGAGACCUUUGGUUGUUGACGAUGAAAGAUUUGACCAUUAUGUUUAUGAUGGUAGAGGCGGAACUCUGUAUUUACAGGACAAACAGGGAUGCACUCUCUCUUCUCCGAGUACCGAACCUAUAAUUUAUGUUGGAAAUGGGAAAAGAUUGCAAUUAAAAAAUAUCAUUAUUAAGAAUGGAUGGUAUUUGGAUUCAUGUAUCGUAUUGGGAACCAACAGUAGCUAUUCGGCUUCAGAGUACGAUCAAGUCUAUUUUGAGGGAGCUGAUGAAGAUCCUCAUCUGAAUUCUUCAGGACAAAACACUGACACUAUGACAUCUCAAAAUAUUCCUGUUCGGAGUUCCACAGAAUUUAUUGUUGAGCUGCAGGCUAUUGGUCCAGAGCUUACCUUCUAUAAUGCAUCAAAAGAUGUAGGAGAAUCACUGGCCCUCUCUAACAAACUUUUGCAUGCACAGUUGGAUGCAUUCUGCAGGCUUGUUUUGAAGGGUGACACAAUGGAAAUGAGUGCAAAUGCACUUGGAUUCAUGAUGGAGAGCAAUGGCAUCAGAAUUCUUGAGCCAUUUGAUACCUCCAUGAAGUUUUCAAAUGCUUCUGGAAAGAUAAAUAUCCAUUUUUCUGUCUCGGAUAUUUUUAUGAAUUUUUCCUUUAGCAUCUUGAGGCUAUUUUUGGCAGUUGAGGAGGACAUUUUAGCAUUUCUGAGGACAACAUCAAAGAAAAUGACUCUGGUCUGCUCUCAGUUUGACAAAGUUGGUACAAUUGAAAAUCCCUAUGGUGAGCAAGUAUUUGCAUUUUGGAGACCUCAUGCGCCACCUGGUUUUGCUGUCCUUGGCGAUUAUCUGACGCCACUCAACAAGCCACCAACAAAAGGCGUUCUUGCCGUGAAUACCAGUCUUGCUAGAGUCAAGAGGCCUGUAUCUUUCAAGCUAGUUUGGCCUCCCACUGCAAAUAAUGAUAUCUCUGAAUUUCAAGAUGUAGAUAACCACAACAUCUGCUCCAUUUGGUUCCCUGAAGCACCCAAAGGUUAUGUUGCAUUGGGCUGUGUGGUUUCUACUGGAAGAACACAACCUCCGUUAUCUUCUGCCUUCUGCAUCUUGGCGUCUCUAGUUUCUCCAUGUGCCUUGAGGGAUUGUGUUACUAUCAGCUCUAACAUUUCCUGCUCAUCAAGUUUAGCAUUCUGGCGUGUGGAUAAUUCUGUUGGGACUUUUUUGCCAGCUGAUCCCUCUACUUUGGGCAUGAUUGGUAGAGCAUAUGAACUGCGUCAUAUAUUUUUUGGGUUUCCAGAAACAUCUUCAGCAUCAAAGAGUUUAGAUAAUGAAUCAUUUCCUUCUGAUCAUGCUGGAACCCUCCAAUCAGACAGUACGUCAACUGUAAACUCUGGAUGGCGUUUUGAGGCUGUUGCUAGUUUUCGGUUGAUAUGGUGGAAUCAAGGUUCGGGCUCAAGAAAGAAAUUAUCAAUAUGGCGUCCUAUAGUCCCUGAAGGAAUGGUAUAUUUUGGUGACAUUUCUGUACAAGGGUAUGAGCCUCCAAACACAUGCAUUGUUCUCCGUGAUUCUGGAGAUGAUGACCUUUUCAAACCACCUCUAGAUUUUCAGCUCACUGGACAGAUCAAGAAACAUAGGCAUGUGGAAAAUAUUUCCUUUUGGCUACCUCAAGCUCCCCCAGGUUUUGUUUCAUUAGGUUGUGUUGCAUGCAAGGGCACACCAAAGCAAUCUGAUUUUAGCUCAUUAAGAUGCUUGCGUAGUGAUAUGGUCACUGGGGAUCAAUUUUUGGAGGAAAGUGUAUGGGAUACAUCUGAUGCCAAGUUUAUGAAAGAACCAUUUAGUAUAUGGAUAGUUGGCAAUCAGUUGGGAACCUUCGUUGUUCGUAGUGGUUUCAAGAAACCUCCCAGAAGGUUUGCUCUAAAGCUUGCAGAUCCAGACAUGCCAAGUGGGUCAGAUGACACUGUAAUUGAUGCAGAAAUUGGAACGUUUUCUGCUGCACUUUUUGAUGACUAUGGUGGCUUGAUGGUCCCACUGUUCAAUAUUUCUUUAAGCGGGAUUGGGUUUAGCUUACAUGGAAGACCUGAGUAUUUGAAUUCCACUGUCAGCUUUUCAUUGGCUGCCAGAUCAUAUAAUGAUAAGUAUGAAGCCUGGGAGCCUCUUGUUGAGCCAGUUGAUGGAUUCUUAAGGUACCAAUAUGACCAUAAUGCCCCAGGUGCUGCUUCUCAGUUACGUCUUACCUGUACAAGGGAUCUGAACUUGAAUGUUUCAGUGUCUAACGCUAAUAUGCUUUUUCAAGCUUAUGCAAGCUGGAACAAUCUUAGUCAUGUGGAUGAAUCCUAUAGGGAAAAAGAUGUAAAUUCUCCAACGUAUGGUGGAGGACCUUUCAUUGAUGUUCGUCACAGGAGAGAUUAUUAUAUAAUUCCACAAAACAAACUUGGUCAGGACAUUUUUAUUAGAGCUACUGAAGUCAGGGGACUUCAGAACAUAAUAAAGAUGCCAUCUGGAGAUAUGAAGCCUAUUAAAGUUCCAGUUUUGAAAAAUAUGCUAGAGUCGCAUUUAAAAGGACAUCUUUGCAAGAAACUUAGAACAAUGGUGACCAUCAUAAUAGCGGAAGCUGAGUUUCAUAGAGCUGAAGGGUUGUCAUCGCAUCAAUAUUCUGUAGCAGUCCGUCUUAGUCUAGACCAAAGCCUUCCUGGAGGAUCACUUAUAAACCAACAAAGUGCACGCACUUGUGGCACCAGUUCUGAUCACAUUGCAUCUUCUGGACUUGAAUUGGUGAAAUGGAAUGAAAUAUUUUUCUUUAGAGUUGAUUCAGUGGAGGGCUACACGGUGGAACUAACAGUUACUGACAUGGGAAAAGGUGAUCCAGUUGGAUAUUUUUCUGCUUCUUUGAAGGAGAUAGCCAGAACUUAUGAUCAUUCAGGUGAAUUUACUUGGAUAGACUUGUCUCCAGCAGAAUCUAUGAAGAUGACUGAAGGAGAUCAAUCUCAGAAGUCAUCUGGAAGAAUAAAAUGUUCUGUACUGGUACUGCCAAGAUUUGAAGUUGAAGACAGUGAGCUGUCCUUUACUGGCGGCAGAAAAUCUGGUUUUAUUCAAAUCAGUCCUGCAAGGGAAGGACCUUGGACUACCGUGAGGCUAAACUACGCUGCACCUGCUGCUUGUUGGCGGUUAGGUUAUGAUGUUGUUGCCAGUGAAGUCAGCAUAAAGGACGGCAAUAGAUAUGUGAAUAUUAGAUCACUGGUGUCAGUUCGUAACAAUACCGAUUUCACACUAGAUGUGUGCCUCAAACUCAGAGGUCAUGAGGGAAAUAUGAGGCCACUAGAAGAUGCAAGCAAGUCUGAGGAGACACAGAUUGAUGUUAAUAGAUUAGAGACAGAUGUGUUCUUUGAAACUGAGAAGUAUAACCCAACUAUUGGCUGGGGUAGUGUGGUGCAACCUAACCUAGAACACUCAGAUGGUGUGGAUUCUCAUCAGGGAACUUUUGGAGUUGAGUUGCCAUCAGGUUGGCAAUGGGUUGAUGAUUGGCAUAUAGACAAGGCUUCUGUUAAUACCACCGAUGGGUGGAUUUAUGCUCCAGAUCUGAAAAGUCUGAAGUGGCCUAAGUCACAUGAUCCUAUUAAGUUUGUGAACUAUGCAAGGCAAAGGAGAUGGAUCAGGAAUAGGAAACAUAUAUCAGGAGAUGUUAAGCCGCAAAUAUUUGUUGGGCAACUGAAACCUGGUGAUACUGUUCCCCUUCCUCUAUCAGGCUUGACCCAUUCUGCAUUGUAUAUUCUGCAGUUAAGGCCUUUGGAUUUCAAUAGCCCUAAUGAAUAUUCUUGGAGUUCUGUAAUGGAUUGGCCUGGUCAAUCAGAAAACUCUGGUAAACCUAAAGAAAAUUCUGAAAUUUGUGUCUCAACUCUUAACGAGUCUGAGGAACUAUUAUAUUGCUCUGAGAUGAGUGGGACUUCCUCAAAUAGUUUGCAUGGAAUGUGGUUUUGUUUAAGUAUACAAGCAACAGAGAUUGCCAAGGACAUUCAUUCUGAUCCAAUUCAAGAUUGGAGCCUUGUGGUCAAAUCUCCACUAUCCAUUACCAAUUAUCUUCCUCUGAAAGCUGAAUUUUCUGUUCUUGAGAUGCAAGCCAAAGGUCAUUUUCUUGACUGCUCUAGAGGAGUUUUUUGUCCAGGGAAGACUGUAAAGGUUUAUAAUGCUGACAUUAGAAAACCUUUGUACUUUUCGCUGCUUCCACAGAGAGGAUGGCUGCCAGUAAAUGAGGCUGUUCUCAUAUCACAUCCUAGCAUAAAUCCAUCGAAAACAAUAAGCUUAAGAAGUUCAAUUUCCGGAAGGGUUGUUCAAAUCAUUCUUGAACAAAACCAUGACAAAGAAAGGCCACUUCUAGCAAAGAUCAUUAGGCUCUAUUCUCCUUACUGGUUUGCAAUUGCAAGGUGCCCACCCCUUACACUUCGGCUUUUCGACACGGCUGGGACAAAACAAACUCGGAAGAUUCCUUUCCCUUUUCUGUCAAAAGAAAACAAUGUAGUAAUCUUUGAGGAAAUUACUGAAGAGGAUAUAUACGAAGGUUAUACAAUUGCUUCUGUCUUGAAUUUUAAAUUGUUGAGCCUCUCUGUGUCUGUCACUCAAUCUGGCAGGGAGGGGCGAUUUGGACCUCCUAAAGAUCUUUCUCCGCUCGGUGACAUGGAUGGGUCAUUGGAUAUUUGUGCUUAUGAUGCUGAUGGCAAUUGCUUGCGGCUUUUUAUAUCUUCAAAACCAUGCCCACAUCAAUCUGUUCCAACAAAGGUGAUAUCUGUCCGACCAUUUGUAACUUUUACAAACAGAAUUGGUCAAGACAUAUAUAUGAAGUUAAGCAUUGAAGAUGAGCCAAAGAUUCUGCGUGCAUCUGAUUCUCGAGUCUCCUUUGUUUAUCGUGAAGCUAGUGAACCUACUAAACUUCAGGUCCAAUUAGAAAAUACAAAAUGGUCGUUUCCUGUUCAAAUCAUGAAAGAGGGCACUAUCUCUUUGGUUUUGAGGAAACAUGAUGGUGCUCGUAGAAUUUUGAGGGCAGAAAUUAGGGGCUAUGAAGAAGGUUCACGCUUUAUUGUUGUGUUUCGCCUCGGAUCAACAAAUGGUCCAAUCAGACUUGAGAACAGAACAAUUAACAAGACAAUAAGCAUUCGCCAGUCUGGAUUUGGUGAUGAUACAUGGGUUCAGUUAGAACCUCUUUCAACUACCAAUUUUUCUUGGGAAGAUCCCUAUGGCCAAAGAUUCAUUGAUGCUAAAAUUCAUAGUGGCAGUAGUACUGUAGUCUGCAUCCUUGACUUAGAUAAGGCAGGAUCAUGUUCUUUAGAGGAUGGCGGGUUAGGUUUGUCUUUUCAUGUUGUUGAAGUGGGUGAUAUCAAGGUUGCUAGGUUCACAGAUGACAGGGCAUCAGGAUCUAGUUCAAAUGAAGUAGGUAGGUCACUGACAUCUGCUGGCAAUUGGAAAAAUUCUCACAUGCAGAGGAAGACACAGGAGAAUGCAGCUCCUUUUGAGAUUAUCGUUGAGUUGGGAGUUGUUGGCGUUUCUGUUAUAGACCAUAGACCAAAGGAGCUCUCAUAUUUGUACCUUGAGCGAGUCUUCAUAUCUUAUUCAACUGGGUAUGAUAGUGGGACUGCAAGCAGGUUCAAGCUCAUAUUGGGUCACCUGCAGCUUGACAAUCAGCUCCCUCUGACAUUGAUGCCUGUGAUGUUGGCACCUGAGCAGACCACUGAUAUGCAUCAUCCAGUUUUCAAGAUGACUAUAACAAUUCGCAAUGAAAACCCUGAUGAUAUCCAGAUCUACCCAUAUGUGUAUAUAAGGGUAACGGAGAAGUGUUGGAGGCUUAACAUUCAUGAGCCAAUUAUCUGGGCUUUUGUGGAUUUCUACAAUAAUCUUCAACUAGAUCGUGUCCCCCAAAGUUCUAGUGUCACGCAAGUUGAUCCAGAGAUACGCAUAGACCUAAUAGAUGUUUCAGAAGUGAGGCUAAAGGUGUCUUUGGAGACAGCACCAGCUCAAAGACCACAUGGGGUUCUAGGUGUGUGGAGCCCUGUAUUGUCAGCUGUUGGAAAUGCAUUCAAAAUUCAGGUGCAUCUAAGGAGAGUGAUGCACAGAGACAGAUUUAUGCGGAAAAGCUCUGUCAUUCCUGCUAUUGGAAACCGUAUAUGGAGAGAUCUAAUUCAUAAUCCUUUACACUUAAUUUUUUCAAUAGAUGUACUUGGUAUGACAAGCUCAACAUUAGCUUCUCUUAGUAAAGGUUUUGCUGAACUCUCAACAGAUGGCCAGUUUCUGCAACUUCGUUCAAAACAGGUAUGGUCAAGAAGAAUAACUGGGGUUGGUGAUGGAAUCAUGCAAGGAACAGAAGCUCUUGCACAAGGAGUUGCUUUUGGAGUAUCUGGAGUAGUGACGAAGCCAAUGGAAAGUGCUAGACAAAAUGGGCUUAUUGGGCUUGCUCAUGGGCUGGGACGAGCAUUCCUGGGAAUAAUUGUACAACCAGUGAGUGGUGCAUUAGAUUUCUUCUCAUUGACUGUUGAUGGCAUUGGGGCAAGUUGUUCCCGGUGCAUAGAGGUUCUCAAUAACAAGGCUACCUUAGAAAGGAUUAGAAAUCCACGGGCUAUUCAUUCUGAUAAUAUACUUAGAGAAUAUUGUGAAAGAGAAGCUCUUGGGCAGAUGAUACUUUGCCUUGCUGAAGCAAGUCGGCAUUUCGGAUGCACUGAAAUAUUCAAAGAGCCUUCAAAAUUUGCUUGGACUGAUUAUUAUGAAGACCAUUUCAUUGUCCCUUACCAAAGGAUUGUUUUAGUCACUAAUAAACGAGUCAUGCUGCUACAGUGCCUGGCCCCUGACAAGAUGGAUAAAAAGCCUUGCAAGAUCAUGUGGGAUGUGCCCUGGGAACAGCUUCUGACUGUGGAGUUGGCAAAAGCAGGCUGCGCUGUACCUUCUCACUUGAUCCUCCAUCUCAAAACUUUUAGGAGAUCAGAAGUAUUUGUUCAAGUCAUAAAAUGCAGUGUGGAAGAAGAAUUAGAGGGACAAGAACCACAGGCUGUUAGGAUCUGUUCUACAGUGUGUAAGAUGUGGAAAGCAUACCAGUCCCACACGAAAAGCUUAACAUUGAAGGUUCCUUCAAGCCAGAGGUAUGUGUGCUUUGCUUGGAGUCAAGAUGAUAAGAGGGACCCGCGUAGCCAGAACAAAGCCAUGAUCAAGUCAAGAAAACUCUCAUCAUCAAGUUCGUUAUCUGAAGACAGGAGAUUUGUUAAACAUACUAUCAACUUUUUAAAGGUUUGGAGCAGUGAACAAGAAUUAAAAGGUCGAUGCACAUUAUGCCGAAAGAAGGUUUGGAAAGAUGAUCAAAUCUGUAGCAUUUGGCGACCAGUCUGUCCCGAUGGGUAUGUCUCAGUUGGGGAUGUAGCUCGUGUAGGCAUCCAUCCUCCAAAUGUUGCUGCUGUGUAUCAUAACAGCGACAAACAGUUUGCACUUCCAGUGGGUUAUGACCUGGUAUGGAGGAAUUGCCCAGAUGACUACGCAACUCCUGUAUCGAUAUGGCACCCACGUGCUCCGGAGGGUUUUGUUUCUCCCGGCUGUGUUGUGGUACCCAAUUAUACAGAGCCUGAAUCCGAUUCUGUAUACUGCGUUGCAGAAUCACUUGCUGAGGAGACAGUCUUUGAAGAUCAAAAGAUUUGGUCAGCACCAGAUUCGUAUCCGUGGGCGUGUCAUAUUUAUCAGGUGAAAAGUGACUCUCUUCACUUUGUUGGAUUGAGACGACCUAGAGAAGAAUCCGAUUGGAGGCCAAUGAGGGUUCACGAUGAUCAACAUCCUCGACUGCAAGCAUCAGAAGCUCAAUGAUUUGUGUGUUUGAAUUUGGCAAGCACAUUUGCAUUUUGGGAAAUGGUUUUGCUUCUUAGAAUCAUCAAGGAUGCGAAUUUCUAGUAAGUUUGUGGGUAUAGCUCUCAUUUAGCCAUUACCUGACAACUUUAGGGAGAUUCCGACCUCAACAAAAAUGAACGAUAACCAGCUUGUGUUUUAUGAUUGUGCUGGGAAAAACCUUAAUUCUUGUGUGUAAUGUCGACCCUGUAAAUGGUUGUAGAAAGCUUUAUAACAGAAAAAACAAGUUCAUAAACUAUGGGCUGUGUAAAGUUUUUCUUUUUAACGAUGGCCUCCCGGUAUAAUCUGGUACUGUUGGACAUGAGAGUAGGCUAGAAGACAAUCUUAUGAUUCUAAAGUUUUGAGCAAUUUGUUUGCCUAUAGGUCGGAUGGACACUGUUCUGGGUUUUGGGACAGUGGACUCCAGCUCAGAAGAGUCUUUAGACUUGUAUUAUGAACAAACAGAAUUUGAAAGUAUAGAUGAUGAUUGUAUCUACAUGAAAAUGUGGUGAAAGUUAUUUGGUUUUGAAAUUGGAAAUUUCAUUGAAAUUUUGCCUUUA